AUGCUGGUCCGCCGGCCCGGAAGCCAUGUUCCUGUGACUCCCACGAUUACCAUUCCGAAUGCUGUCGAGCUCCUCAACAAGAUCCCUAUCCAAAGAUGGCCAGCGAAGCGCUGGAUUCCUUGCUCCUUAAGGCAUACAAGCAAACCAACACCAAUAUACAAGAACAACUUACUGCACAGCUUAAGCUCCAAAUGGCAGCAGCUCAGCGUAGGCAGGGAGGCGGAACAAGCUCGUGAACAAGAGCUGAGACGACUUCAUUCGGAAGCUCUUCACCAUAUGGGCGCCUAUUACCGCGCUGCAGUUUCCUCGAGAAUCAAUCCGAUUGACCAGAUGUUUGCGCUUCUUGAAUUGAGCAUGAAUGAGGCACGCCAUCAGGAGAAA